AUGACGCACCAAUACAACAAUGCUGUCUUGUCGUUGACAAAAGACGCAACGCCAGAUCCUUAUGUCACUUACUCUGGAGCAACCCGCCAAUUCUAUCUCACAUUCACCGCCGGUGAUAGGAUAGAGAUCUGGAGAGCAAACAGCCUACCAAACUUCCACGAUCACCCUGAAAAGCACGUCAUCUACAGACCACCGCCAGAUACUGAGUACUCCAAUGAUCUAUGGGCACCAGAGCUGCAUUGUUUGAGAGGAAGAUGGUAUGUCUAUUAUGCUGCAUGUCAUCCAAAGCAUGGCAACAAGUCGCACAGAAUGGUCGUACUUGCCGGACCUCCCGCAGAUCGAGACCCUGCUACAGGAAGCUGGGAGUUUGUGGGUCCUAUUAGGGGUAUGGGACAGCAUCAAUGGGCUAUCGAUGGUACUGUGAUUGAAUUACACGGUCAGCUGUACUUUGUGUACUCGGGCUGGCCUUUUGAUAAUCCCAACGAGUCGGAUCUGCAACAACAUCUCUUCAUCCUCAGAUUGUCCGAUCCGGUCACUGCUUCUUCAGAUCCUGUCGAGAUCUGUAGACCUGACGAGGGGUUUGAACGCACGGGAGAUCAUGGUAUCAAUGAGGGACCCCAAUAUCUUGCUGCUCCUGAUGACUCGUGGGUUGGAAUUGUGUACAGUUGCUCAGGCAGUUGGACCAAUGAAUACAAGAUGAAUUGUCUUCGCUGGACUGGAGGCGACCCUUUGAGACCUGACUCCUGGCAGAAGAGCAUGAAGCCGUUGAUUCAGAAUGGUCCACAUGGUAAAGGGCCUUGGGGACCUGGUCAUGGUUCUUUUAUGAAUAUCGGAGACGAUAUUGUUGGCAUCUACCAUGCUACAGAUCGUCCUGACGAUGGCUGGAACAAUAGAAAGGCUAGGAUGCAAAGAGUGGUCUUUACUCCAGAAGGUCCUUAUAUGGGAGAGGGAGUGGGCAAUCUCACCACAUCCAUGUCUGCCUUUGUCGGUGGUAACGGACAUCAGCAUUCAGAAGGAGGUGAAAAGAAGCACGGUGGCAUCAAGGGCCUCUUGCGCAAGAUCAAGGACGAGCUCUGA